AUAUACCACAGCGUUCUAUAUAAACACGAGCCUUCAGUGGUGCACCGGUGUGCUAUUUCUUUCUUGUGGCUCAAGAAAUAGGUUAGUUUCGAGCUGAAACAAGAUGGACAGCGAUAAACAAAAACUGUUCAACAGAAUGAAGCCAUUCAUAGGUGUUGUGUUCUUACAGUUUGGAUAUGCUGGUAUGGAUAUUCUAUCUAAGGCUGCACUGAACAAGGGAAUGAGCAACUAUGUACUUGUCGUGUACCGUCAUGUUUUUGCCUUCGUUGUCAUGGCUCCUUUUGCAUUGAUCUUGGAGAAGCCGGUUAUUGACCAGAAUUUAUAUUUUUUGGGAAUGAAGUACACCACAGCAACCUUUGCCGUUUCCAUGUACAAUGUCCUUCCUGCCAUUACCUUUGUCAUGGCUUUCAUUCUUAGGCUUGAGAAGAUAAAAAUAAAAAGUAGACGCAGUCAAGCAAAGGUGGUCGGCACUUUAGCCACUGUUGCAGGUGCCAUGGUCAUGACACUAAUAAAAGGCCCAGUACUUAAUCUUUUUGGAAUACACGGAAGCAAUCCCCACAACCCGCAACAUGGUGGGGUAAAUCUCCAACAUGCGAUAAAGGGAUCAGUGAUGAUUACAAUUGGCUGCUUUAGUUGUGCAUGUUUCAUGAUUCUCCAAGCUCUUACCAUUGAAGCCUACCCUGCUGAGCUCUCUCUUACAGCAUGGAUAUGCCUAUUUGGAACUGUUGAAGGUGGCAUAGUGGCCCUGAUUAUGGAAAGGAGAAACCUUUCGGUUUGGUCUCUGAAAUGGGAUACAAAACUGCUUGCUGCUGUCUACAGUGGCAUAGUUUGCUCAGGAAUGGCUUAUUACAUCCAAGGAGCAGUGAUGAAAACUAGAGGCCCCGUCUUUGUAACAACUUUUAAUCCCCUCUGCAUGGUCAUUGUGGCUAUCAUGGGCUCCUUCUUUCUGGCUGAACAAAUUUCCCUUGGGAGGGUCAUCGGAGCUAUUGUAAUUAUUUUAGGGCUGUAUCUUGUGGUGUGGGGCAAAAGCAAUGACUACGAGUCACCAUGUCCAACUACCAAAGAACAUACAUUGCCAGACAAGCAAACCGUAGAUGAGAGCAACAGCAUAGAGGAGCAUUCUAAUCACGAGGUCAUCAGUCUCAGUAACUUAGGUGCGGGAAACAUAGCUCGAGAUGAACAAGUAUAAGGAGACGUACUAAAUUCAAUAUAAAUUUCGGUAAUCAGGGAUAUUUCACCUUCAAUGCACUGUUUCCUAACAACAGAAACUAGAUAGGUUCCUAGCAGUUUGAUCCUUCAAUUAUGAUGUAAUAGAAGACGUUUUUAAUAUAACACUAUGGUAUGUCAACAAGGCAAGAAAAUCCCAGCAAAAGAUGACGGUGCAACUUCGAUCAUAUACAUUAUGUUGAUGGAGCAUGAUAUCAAGUAUUAAUCACAAUAGCUAGAAAUUUCAGAGGUUGGCGAUAUAGUCCGAACGGUCAUUCGUCAAUUAAUUUAGAUGACACCAUCGAAUUAGCAAGUGCAUCUAAUAUUAAUACGAAUUUCCUUUUCAAUUCA